GCCGGCAGCACGCAGCGCAGUUUCUGCAUCGGCCGAUUCGCCGCCCGCGAGGUUGCGGCGCUCCGCCCCCCGUGGCCCCCCCGUCCCGCCCGGCGGCGCCUCGCCCCGCCAUGAGCCCGUGCCCAGCGGCGGCCACAGCGGCGCGCGCGUGAGGGCGCCGCCGGCGGAGCUGUCGGUGCUGCUGCGUCCGCCAAGAUGGCGUGUGUGCUGGAGGCGCCGCUCCGCAUGAGCGUCCUGUCGGAGGUAACAGCCAGCAGCCGCCACUACGUCGACAGAUUGUUUGACCUGGAUCCCCAGAAAGUCCUGCAAGGUGUCAUAGAUAUGAAAAAUGCUGUAAUUGGAAACAACAAACAAAAAGCCAACUUGAUUGUUUUGGGAGCAGUUCCAAGGUUGCUAUACUUGCUUCAGCAAGAAAGCUCCAGCACAGAACUGAGAACAGAAUGUGCAGUGGUCUUGGGAAGCCUUGCAAUGGGUACAGAGAAUAAUGUCAAAUCCCUACUAGACUGCCAUAUUAUCCCAGCCUUAUUGCAAGGAUUACUGUCACCAGAUUUGAAGUUUAUAGAAGCUUGCCUACGAUGUCUCCGUACCAUAUUCAUCAGUCCUGUAACUCCAGAGGAUCUUCUAUACACAGAUGCUACAGUUAUCUCACACCUCAUGGCGCUGCUCAGUAGGUCUCGAUAUACGCAAGAAUACAUAUGUCAGAUCUUCUCACACUGCUGCAAACUUCAACACUGGCAUAGCUGCGGCUUUAAGUCAUUGCCUCAGCCACUUCUGUGUGCCAAUGGUCCAGACCACCAGACAAUCUUGUUUAACCACGGAGCUGUUCAGAAUAUCGCACAUCUGUUAGUCUCCACCUCCUACAAAGUUCGAAUGCAAGCCUUGAAAUGCUUCUCCGUUCUAGCCUUUGAAAACCCACAGGUAUCAAUGACUCUGGUAAAUGUGUCGGUUGACGGAGAACUGUUACCACAAAUCUUUGUGAAGAUGUUACAAAGGGACAAGCCUAUUGAAAUGCAGCUCACAUCAGCCAAAUGCCUUACUUCCAUGUGCAGAGCUGGAGCAAUACGGACAGAUGACUCUUGCAUCGUUCUUAAGACUCUGCCAUGUUUGGUUCGAAUGUGUAGCAAGGAGAGACUGCUGGAGGAACGAGUAGAAGGAGCAGAAACUCUGGCCUAUUUGAUUGAAACAGACGUGGAACUUCAGAGAAUUGCCAGCAUUACUGACCACCUCAUUGUCAUGCUUGCCGAUUACUUCAAGUAUCCCAGCUCAGUGAGUGCAAUCACUGAUAUCAAAAGGCUUGACCAUGAUUUGAAGCAUGCCCAUGAGCUGCGCCAGGCUGCUUUCAAGCUGUAUGCUUCCCUUGGAGCAAACGAUGAAGAUAUUCGAAAAAAGAUCAUUGAAACUGAAAAUAUGAUGGACCGUAUUGUUAAUGGCUUAUCUGAAUCUAGUAUCAAGGUGCGAUUAGCUGCAGUCAGAUGUUUGCACAGCUUGUCCCGUUCUGUUCAGCAGCUCAGGACAAGUUUUCAGGACCAUGCUGUAUGGAAACCUUUAAUGAAGUCUUGCAGGACACUAGGACUGUAUAUCCUUCAGUUCAGAGUAGAUGGAACAGCUCAGGCUUGGUCUGUUUUACAGAAUGCUCCAAAUGAAAUUCUGAUAGUAGCAUCUUCUACACUAUGCAAUCUUCUACUAGAAUUCUCACCGAGCAAAGAGCCUAUUUUGGAAUCAGGAGCCAUAGAACUUCUGUGUAGUUUAACACAAAGUGAAAAUCUUGCCUUGCGAGUGAAUGGCAUUUGGGCUUUAAUGAAUAUGGCAUUUCAAGCUGAACAGAAGAUCAAAUCAGACAUCUUACGAGGUCUGAGCACGGAGCAGUUAUUCCAGUUACUUUCUGAUUCCGAUGUAAAUGUUCUGAUGAAAACUUUGGGACUGCUCAGGAAUCUUCUGUCUACUCGUCCACACAUAGACCAUAUAAUGAGCACUCAUGGGAAGCAAAUCAUGCAAGCGGUGACCCUCAUUUUGGAAGGGGAGCACAAUAUAGAAGUCAAAGAGCAGACGUUAUGUAUACUUGCCAAUAUAGCAGAUGGAACAACAGCAAAAGAACUGAUUAUGACCAACGAUGACAUUCUGCAGAAAAUCAAAUAUUAUAUGAGUCAUUCAAAUGCUAAACUUCAGCUUGCUGCCAUGUUCUGUAUAUCUAAUCUCAUAUGGAAUGAAGAAGAAGGUUCACAAGAACGCCAAGAUAAACUACGAGACAUGGGAAUAGUAGAUAUCCUACAUAAAUUGAGUCAGUCAUCGGAUCCGAAUCUGUGUGACAAGGCGAAGACAGCACUCCAGCAGUAUCUUGCAUGAUCAAAGGCUAAUGGAAUCUACGGACACCCCUCAUGUCUACUUAAGGAACAGCAGGAAAUCCUCCUGACUCCUUAUAUUUGCACAAGUCACCUUGGGCUGCAUUUUUCUUAGGUGCAGGGAGCUGCUUUGCAGAAACAGUUAAAAUGAUCAGGUCUCCAGUGCACUUGAGAAUUUUUUUGAGGUAGUUUCUUUACUCAGAGGACUCUCGGGGGGUUGUUUUGGUUUGUUUGUUUUGGUUUGUUUUUUUCCUGAGCUACCUGGACUUUGGAAUAGAACAAUCAGUCAUCAUUUUCCUUUUGGGCCUACAGUUUUCUGCUUUUGCUGCAGCCUGUGUGCGUGGAUGUGUGUGGGUGUGUUUGAGUGUGUGUAUGUAUGGGUGGAUGUGUGUUGGGUGCGAUACCUCAAUUUUGUUUUUCCUUUUUUUGUGUGUGUGUGUGUGAAAAUCUUUUUCUACAGGUUUUCAAGGGUUAACCAUUGUUUGCUGUACGAAUACUUCAAUGAAUUAUAUACAGUUUGAAUGAAAUGUUAUUUAAAAAAACAAAAAACAAAAAACUGUUGUAUCCCAUAAAGUUUAUUUUGGAUUUUGAACAGAUGAAUGUUUUUAAGUAAAAUAUAUGCAUUUCUGAACUUCAGCUUAACUUACAUUAUACUUCCUUUUUAAAGAGGAAAAUAAGGGGAGACAGCAUAUCCCAAAGGACAGGCAGCCAAUUCUGUACUGACAAGAUCCCAGAGUUAGCAUCGUGCUGCCAUACAGGGUCACUCAGUGCUGAUGAAAUGCUCAAAUGAGUGGUAUGGGACAGCUGGGUUGCUCUGUAUCCCUGGGCAGUUUGAGAAGAAAGUCUCAUGCUUUGGAGUUAGCGUGGCUGCUGACUUCUCUGGGAAGUGGCAGGUGGCUGCAGUAUAAGCAGGUGUAAGCUCUUGCUGUAGAAGCCAAGAAUUUCCUCAGGUAAUUGCUGAAGGAUUAGCUGAUUUCACUAAUGUUACGUGUUUGCCGAUCCCUUAUAUCAGUGAAGAGAACAACGUGUUGCAAAAGCUCUGCUUUCAAGAGACCAGAAGGACCUGGCAAGCAGUGGUUAAGGGAUUGCUUUAUUUUUCAUCCUUUACCUUCAGACAUAGUUAAGCAACAUGCAAAUAACUUCCAUUAGUGGGUGCUUUAAGUUGGAGAAGGGAUGGGUUUUUUCUUUUUUUGCUCAGUCAUGUUGCUAUGAACUUUGUGUAUAUGUACAGAUAUACACACAUGCAUGGGUUUGGAUAGCUGGGUGAUAAGCAAGGGGAUUUUACUAUACUCAGAAGCCUAAAUUGUCUGUAGGUUCCUGAGAUGGUGCCUGUAAGCGUGGAGAAAAAUUGUGGGUACAAAUGAAGACUGUGUGAAAUGUUAGGCUGGAAUGCAAGACCCCUCCCUGGUGGCUUGAGGAGUCAAUAAUGCAUAGGAGCAAAUGGGAGCAGUAAGGAGCUCUCUUUCAUGCAGGCCAGGGCUCUUGCUUUCUUCCUACGUCUACUUUCUAAUUCCAGGUUAGGCUGUAGUUUCAAUAGUCAGAAUCUCCAAACACUGUAUCUACGUAGCACUAACAGACAUGUGAAGGGCUGCAGCCUAUGUCUUAAACCAAAUCUUUCAUGUUACUUUGAGCUUCAGGAAGGCUGCUGCAGGAAGAGAUGUCUGUGACUUUGCUAACCAGUUUUGAUAAGCAUCUUAAUCUUAAAUUUCUGAUCAGAAGGUUAAAUUGUGAUAGCCUUACUUCUUUCAGAGGUCACUACUCGUGUCAGAAAACGUGACCACGGUUUGGCCUGGAAUUGGAAUGUGCUGUGUAUCAGGUAACUGUUAUCACUUGGUUGCAGAGGAGAAUAUAUACAUUUCAUGUAAUUUCUUCUGCUCUUGAAAGACAAAUAAAAGUGAGCACCUGACACUUUCCCCCCCGA